GUCAUUACCUCAACCCCGUCACUGCGCGUGUGCAAUUCAUACGUGACGCUAACCACGCAAAGUUACAUUCAUUUUGAAUUCUGUCUGAACCUCAAGCGGACGUUAAGGUAGCAGCAGACAUCAUCAGGAUUGUGGCUGAUGCACGGUUCAGUGAUGGAGGUCACGGGGACGAUUGUACUGAUGCUCCUGUUCGUGCACGUGAGCUCGGAGGACCAUCUGUUUAAACCUUCCCCAGUGACAAUACAUUGCGGUAAAGACCCCCGCAAAGACAAGGUAAACAUCACGUACGCUGGAGACGCUUCCGCAAUGUACACCAUCAAGAACGGCGUCCCCCAGAAGUGCAGGGGGGAACACGUAGGACUGGCGGGACUUGUCAUUCACGAUGUCAACCAUAGGAAGGAAUGCGGCUUCAUGCACCUGCACGAGACAAAUACGUGGACAGUAAAGGUCAGGGUUCAGCACACGGACAACAUCCUGACGGCACUGGAUAGCGAGGAAAACCUUACUUGUUCAUACGAUGCUUUUAAACACGUGUCGGCCAUUAAAGUCAGAAAGUAGUAGUGAUCCCUAAAGCAUUCCAGACUGCGUGUUCUUGUAGCACUUGUAAUAAACUUAUUUCAGGAA